AUGAUAGAAAACGUUAAAAAGUCAUCAUUUUUCCAGGAAACACGACUCAGUUUGAAAGAUAUUAAUCAGAACAUAAAAACUCUACAGAAUGAACUACAUGAACAACAGGGAAGAAUAAAGCAGGGAGAAGAGAAAGUAUUGUCUCAGGUUACUGACACAAGGAAGAAGAUCGAUGACCACUUUGAUAAAUUGGAAAAGAAGAUAAAACAAGAAAUUGUUGAGAUAACAAGUGAAUCGAAAGAUAGUAUUAACAAUAAACUACAGAUCCUAGAAAAGAAGACUAACAUCACAAACAAAGCUGACCAACAGUUACAAGAUAUGGACAGGUACGCGACCGAACUCCAAACGUACUUUGGAUUACGGAAAAUUUCAUUAGAAGCAGCUACUACUGAUUCGUACCUGAAGUCGAUCAUUGGAGACCACGCAUUUAAUGAACCUACUUUGCUGUUCAAUAUUGGUGACACAAUCGACAACCUUUCCUCAAGUAUUCAAUCAUUCGGUUCACUUGAGGUACAUAAGACUCAUUGUAAACUGUCUCUCGUAACACACAAAACAAAACAGGCACAAUUAGUAGAGACAAAGAUUAAAUCAAUUGCUGAUAUUAAAUCAUGUCUAAUGAAAACUUUAAAACCAGAGUUUAAAGACAUUGGAGGAAUUGUCGUUCUUCCAAAUGGAAACAUUGCCUUAACUGAAUAUAGUGACUACAAUGUACUUGUAUUUAGUACCGAUGGGAAAAUACUGAGUACAAUCUCAGUUAAACCAGCCAGUGCAUUUGAUGUAACGUAUAUAGAUAAUAAAACUGUAGCGACAACGUCAAACAUGGGAAUUCGUAACGGAGUCAAUUUGAUAGACAUUCAUACAGAAAAAAUUACACAGUAUAUUCCAACAACGUAUCCGUGCUAUGGAAUAAAAUAUUACAAUGAGUCAUUAUUUGUUUGUGCUGGCAAAAAGGGUAUUUUUAAACUCAGCCCGGAUGACAGUAGUAGUAUAGCUAUAUUGGAGUGUGAUCUACCCUCUUGGUCAUACAUUGAAAUUUUUGAUAACAAAAUUUACUGUACUUACGAUGAAACUAAAAGUGUUAUGUGUUGUGACAUGAACGGCAGGGUAAUCUGGAAAUUUAAAGAUGAGAACAUAUUGAAACUACCACGUGGAAUAGCGGUAGAUAACUACGGAAACGUGUAUGUAGCUUGUUUUACUUUACACAGUAUAGUGGUAAUAUCCCAUGAUGGACAACAGAACAGACAACUUCUUUCUAAUGCAGAUGGAUUGUAUUACCCUUAUGGAAUGCAUUUCGACAGAAGAAACAAUCGUGUAUUAAUUGGAAAUCAAAGCAGAACACAUAUUUGUGUUUUUGAAGUUAUAAAUUAG